GCGCACAGCGUUGCAAGAAGUACAUUCGGGAUAGUUGUAGUAUUGUAAAGAAUUUUAAAGUUUGUCGUCGAAGUAACGAAUUUUACGAAUUCUUAGCGAGAUGUUCCCCACAAAGUUUCUACCAAGUUUUAGUGAAUCAAACGCGAAACCGUAGCACAUGUAGUUGAAAAUAGCAGUGCGUGGAGUUAUACCUUGUGUUACAAAAAUAUACAGAAACAGAUUGAAAGUAUAAUUAAUUGAAAUAGAAAUGGACUAAGUGAGGCCUCUGUUAAUUAACUUCGAUUAAUAAUGAGUACUAAUACUGAAGAAGAAAAAUCCGAAGCGGGGAAGUCGUUCCCAUUGGACUUAGCUUCAAAAUUAACUGCAGUUAAAACCAUUGAUGCUAAGACUCCUAUUGUUACGGGGCAACAAUUACGGGGUAUGCGUCUUUUAACGCAUUCAUCAACAGGUCAGGGUGGUAUUGGAGCACCUACUAUCAUUACUGCAAAUAUGCCACAAAUUAUUAAACAGAAUACAAAUCAAUCUCAAGUUUCUGGAACGAUAACUGUACAACGUCCUGCUCAAAUAACUUUAGCAACAGCAAGUAUUCCAGUGGUUGCACAAACUACGGGAACUACUUAUCACGUUCCUAGAGGACCUGCUGUUGUUGCUAACCUUGCUGCACCUAGAAGCAAUGUUUCUACAGCUAGGGGGCCUAUUGUUGUAGCACAAACAACACAGAAUUUCGUAAGACCUCCAAGAACACCAAGUCCCGCUUUAGGUAGUACUUGGCAUCCUUCAAAUACAGCUAAUGGGGCUCAAAUUAAAGCCACUUUAAGUCCGCCUAUUAAAACAACCACAGCACCAGGAUGUCUUAAAUCUCAGAUCAUUGGAAGGGCGCAAACAGUUCCUCAAAAUAUUAGUACAGUGAGACCGACUUCCACUAUUUUACAAUCAGCUAUUACUGUUGGACAAAACAACCAGGUACACACCUUUAAUAAAACUGCCCAAAACAUAUCCAGUAUUCAAACAAUAGGCAGUACAGUGACAAUUGCACAAGUGUUACCAUCAAGAACUCAAACUUUGGUUUAUAGCUCGGUUCCAACAACACAAUUUGUCUCGAAUUCAAGAGUUACAAUAGCUAGUUCUUUACAGACUCAAAGGCAACCAACAACACCUAGGCCAAUGGCGCAAGUUUCAGCAACUCGACUUCCAGUAAAUGUUCCUCCAGGUGGAACUGCAAGGUUGGUAACCCCACAGAUCUUAGCAACUAGUACCAGGAUAUCAACUGUAUCCACAUCUCAACAGCCCACGAUUAUCGGAACACAACGCAUCCUUUCAACAGCUCCAAGUAAUGUUACUGUAGGAAGAUUACCCACAAGUCAACCUCAAACAACUACAGGAAAUAUAAUUACACAAAAUCGAAUUCCCACAUUGUCUUUGCAACCGAUUGUUGCUGUAGCUACUACAGCUCCAAUGAGGGCAUUACAACCCCAAGUGCCUAAAGUUAUUACACAACAAACUCAACAAGGUGCUUCUAUACAUCUUGCUCAGUUGCCUAAUACAUUAAAAUCGGCGCAAACUGUUACACCUACAACAAGAACAAUCAACGUUCAACCAGCUGCUCUUGUAGCUCAGAGACAAGCAAAUAUUGUCCCAUCACAAACAAUACCCCUAACGAAAGUGUUUUCUCAAGAAGGACAAGCGGUACCUCCAACGAACGUUUUCAUUCACGCACCAGUUAAUUCGUUACCCAGAAGAAGUUCACCAAGUCCUUCAUCAACAACACAUUCUUCAAACGUUCCAACAACCACAACUACAGUUGCAGCUUAUUCGAUUGCGGGUGGAACGUAUUUCUACGAUAAUUAUUCAAGGCCUUUUGGGCAACAACAAUCGUCGUUCGCGGCUAUAACCCCCGUUACAACUCAACAAAGGGCAACCAAUUUGAGUUUGGGGGCGAAUCAAUCCAUGCGAUUUAAUCAGGUGAUGGUAAUUGGAGGUCAACAAUUUACGCAGCAAGAUACCACGAAUCAAAUACCCGAAAAUAAUCAACAGCAACACAACACAUUGACGCCAACGAAACUUUCCUCGUCAUCUAGACCGAGUAUUUUAAGAAAACGGGAUCAUGAAGGGUCACCAUUAAAAAGUGCUAAAAAUUUACAAACUGUUUUGACGAGUUUAGCGCAACAACCGUCAUCGCCUCCUUCAAGACCAGAUUCUGCUGGUAAUGGAAAUAGUUCAGCUGGAAGUACAACAAUUUCGGCAACUUCAAGUCCUGGACCAGGUGAAACAAACGAAGAUAGUUUACCUCCUAUCCCUAUGAACAAAGAGGAAGAAGAAAAUCGACCACCUCUAGAAAUGAGUCCAAGAAAAAAACCGCGUAAACAACAAUUGACUGGAAAUGAUAUAAUGGAUGAAGUGAGUGAAGAAAUGCAAUUUCUCUCUGAAAAUAACAUUAAAAAGGAAGAAGAUUCUGAUGGAAAUCGAUCGGAAGGACAUAGAGAAUACACUCCAGAAGUUCAAAAUAAUAACGCGUCGUUAAGAAAGUCAACUUCUGCGAGUUUAUUGAACAGUUAUCGCCACCCAUGGAAAACCACUCAAAAUCAUUUUUUAAGAUACUCAGAUGUGCGACCUAAAGAAGAAAGAAAACCAAGUAUUGUCGACUUGGCUAAUCAAUGUAAAGUUAUGGAUAAAGUUAAUGGAUGGAAAGUUCAUCAUUUAACAACGCAAAUGUUAGAUUUGGCGGAACAAGGUGAUUCUGUUUAUUCUCAGUUAGAAGAACUUCUUAAAUCGACCGAUUUAAAAGGGGAUGUUGAUAGUGAUGUUGAUCGAGUUAAUGAACUUAUUAAAGGUAACUUGCAAAGAAUAAAAGUAAUUAAUGAAGGUAUGGUGGAAGCAAAAUCGACUUUAAUGAAGAUUUUUGAUCACAAAGUGCAUGUGACGGACAUAAUCAAUAGGUGUGCAAGCAAACGUAACUUUAAGAAACGUGAUAAAUCAUAACUUUUCUCUCCCUUUUUUGUUUUGUUUUGUUUUUUUUAAGGAUUAACACGAAUAUACGAAUUCAUUUUUUUAUGAUAUGUGUUUUCGAAUCCCAUUUGUUCUAUCUCUUGUAUGGUUUAGUUUUUAGCAAAUCUAAUCCAUUGUAUGUUUGAUAUGAAUAUAUGUAAAUACUUAUAAAAAAGAUAGUUUAUAUUGGAAUAGCAAGUUUGUUUUUAAAUAUUGAUACGUUAAGUAGAAA